AUGGUCGCCAAGGGGCGGCAGCUCUCCGUGCUGAUCGCCGGCGCGACGGGAAGCAUCGGCCGCGAGCUCGUCUCGCUGCUCGUCUCGCACCCGGACGUGGGGCGCGUCGUGGCGCUCUCGCGGACGCCGAUCCCCGUCAACCGGUGGCGCUCGCGCUUCCCCCGCAUCCGCGCCGGCGACGCCCUGCGCUGCCUCUCCGUCGUCCCCGUCGACUGGGACAAACUUGCGGCCGACGCCGCCCGCGUGCCCGCCUCCUACGUCCGCGCGGGCGUGUGGAGCGACGACGGCGGCGCCGCGUCCCCCCCGGCAAUGCGGGUCGCGUGGCGGAAAGUGCGCGGCACGGCGGCGGCGGCGGCGGGGCUGCGCUUCAGUCGCCCGCGCGACCGCCGCAUGCAUGGUGGCGGCGGCGGCGGCACCUCGCGGAAGCCGGCGGCCGACAACGAGGCGGCGGGCGGGCGCGGCGGCAGCCCGAGUCGGGCGGGGUACGUGAACGCGGAGGCGCCGAGCGAGUUUCUCAGCGAGCUGCUGAGGACUCCGUUUUACAAUUCCGUCUUCAGGGGGCACCACGUGGCGAUUAACUGCCUCGGCUCGAGGAACUUUUUCGCGCGGGCGGCGGUGGACGUGGUGGAUCACCAGUACGCGAUUGCCUUCGCCAAGAUGGUUCGCAUCUUCAACUGCAUGGUGCACGCGGAGCCCUCGGGGGAGGAGGAGAUGCUCAUGGAAAAGCAGGCGCGGAUGCAGGACAGCGUUCUCUGGGGCGAGAUCUACACCGCCUGCUACGGCCGCGCCAAUGGCGACUGGCUUGUCUCCGGCGAGGCAAACGGGGCGGGGGGCGGCGGAGGCGCCGCGACUUGCCCCGAGCAGCGGCUCAGCCGUGGCGGGGAGGGCACCCUGCGCCAGUUCACGCAGGUCAGCGUCAUGGGAGGCAGCCGAUGGAGCCCGCUGCCGUACUUCCGCGCCCACGGCGAGUGCGACAGCGAGCUCCUCGCCCUCUUCAACCGCGCGGGGCACGACCUGCAAUCCGGCGGUGGCGGCGGCCUCCACGCGCGCGGGGCGCAGGACGAUGGCGCCGACGCGGCGGGGCUGGAGGCGUCGGCCGAGGCGCGGAGCCGGGCGGAGCUGCUGCUGCGCCGCGACGUUGUGAAGCUGUGGGACAACUCCCACCUCACCAUCUGGCGUCCGGGGCUGCUGCGCCGCGAGAGGCCGCGGGUCGUGGAGGAGCUUCUCGGCCUUUUCUUUUCCCGGGUGGAGGUGCGGGAGCUUACGGAGGUCAUUCUCGACGACAUCGUCGCCGCCGUCGCGGACGAGCGCGGGAUCGAGGCGGAGGGCUCCGUGAAGGUCGUCGGCGGGAGCAGCGUGGCGGCGCGCGUCAAGGCGAAGAAGGCCGAUGAGGACGGCGUGCGCCGCGGGCAGCGCCUGGCGCCCACCCCCGACGGCCCCUGA